AUGCACGUGCUCAGUCAGAAUCGGGAAUGCGAUACGGUCUUGGCGCAGACGUUGUUGUACGGCGGCGUCACCGUGCGAGUCGACGCUUGGGACGAAUUCGGAAACACACCGUUUCACCUGGCCCUGCACUAUGGCAACGCAAAGAUGGUCGAGUUGCUGUUGAAGCACGGCGCGAACCCCAAUUUCGUCAACGGCGCCCAGAUGGUUCCGCUGCACGUUAUCUCGAGGCGGGACCGCUACGGCAACCCGGCGGAGCUGUUCUUCGGCGUCGCGGCGGACGAGAUGUAUCUGUCGAUGAAGGUCGACGUCCGGGACAAUAAAGGCAACACACCCCUGCACUACUUCCUGCAACGGGGACUAAAGCGAGUGGUCGAUCUUCUGCUGAAGCGCGGCGUGGAUCCGAAUCUGGCCGGCGCCGGCGGCGGCAAUUGCCUGCACAUCCUCUGCAGGCAGCAGUGCGACGGAGAGCUGAUCGACGCCUUCUUCGAGGUCCUCAACGACAGACGCCAGCUGAUGCAGGUCAAUGCUCGGGACGAGCGCGGCGACACUCCGCUGCACUUGGCUCUGCAACACAACGACAAGGCCAUGGCCGAGCUCCUGCUGAGGAGCGGCGGCGACGCGCUUCAGGCCAAUAACGAGGGAGACACGCCCCUGCUCAUGAUGAGUCGAAAUCACGACGAGUGCCGCGACCUGCUGGAUAUACUGAGUGGUCUCACCUUGUAUCAACCUCAAACGGUACAGGUCGACGGGGCAGUUCGGACACUACGGUUAUCAGCACCGUCGUCUGAGGAAUUUUUUCGUCCACGCAUUAUUUAA